AAUGUAUGUGAGAUGGAAAAACUCUGGUACCUGUAGUUGAAGAUGGCGUCUCAACAGUUGCUGUGUGUGUUCCUUGUGACGACCUUUCUGCUUUUCACAGGUUGUGAUUCACACAAGCCAGCAUGUGGCAAAGUUUCCUCCAAAAAUAAGAAAGGAGAUAAGGAUGGUUCUCCAGGAAGUUGGCCCUGGCAAGUCCUGUUGAAACAAAACGGGUACUUCUUUUGUUCGGGGUCCCUGAUCACCAACGAGUGGGUGCUUACCAGUCGAUACUGCAUGUAUAACCCAUUCAAUACCACUGCUCACCUGGGUUUGGAAAUCCAGAAAAAGGGUGAAGAAAGCUCUGAUGAAGAAGAAAUCUACGAGGAGACACGAUCUAUUGCUGAUGUCAAGUGCCAUAGUACACAUGGCCAAGAUUACUUCGAAACCAACGACAUUUGCCUUUUGAAGUUGUCUGAGCCCGUUGAACUGGAUGAGGACAUCCAGCCAGUCUGCUUGGCCUCGGAACACAGCACCUUCUUUGAUGGGACCACCAGCUGGAUCGCUGGUUUCACUCAAUACGAUGAAAAUUAUGUACCUACCAUGCUGACGGAGAUUGAGACACCAAUUGUGGGAGCCAAGCGCUGUGCGUGCAACCACGGUGGCUAUAUUGGGUCAACAGACAAGAUCAUUUGUGCUGGAGAAAUGGAGGAAUGUCCGUUGUAUACAAGUUUAGGAGGACCAAUGGUGAACCAAAAAGAGGACUACUGGGUCCAGAGUGGAGUCAUGUCUUCUCCUGGUUAUUGCGGAUAUCCCAAGCUCCCAGGAGUCUACACCCAAGUGUCCGAGUACCAGGAAUGGAUCAGUGAUGUCGUCCGUGGUGGCAUGAGACCGGAGUUUGUUACCUUCAAGUCACCAGACCUCGUCGAUAAAGACGUGUUUUUCAUUUGUCCAAGCUUCCAACAAAGUGUUUUUGACGAUGGUGAAAACCUCAGCAGCUUCACUCACGUCUUCUCUCUUUCUCUUCUGGUUUUGCUCCAGGUUUUUUUCAGUUUGUUUGGAAUGUAAAAGUAGAUACUCAGUUAGUGGACGUGUUCAAUUGAAACUCUCCACAUGUCAUUGAUGUAUUAAGAUAUGAAGAGGAAUAUACUUUUAAACAUUUAGGUUUUCUUGCAUAGGUCAUCCAGAUUGUCCAAUGGCAAUUUUUUGUGGUUGGUUAAAGUUUGAUUGAAGAUAUUCUUGUGUAAAAAUCUUGGGGUUUGAGUUAUAAUAUAAGUGCUUCAAAUGUGUUUUUUCCUGUUUUACUUUUUCAUGGAAAACAAGGUUUACCAUAUUUAGUGAGGGGAAAAGGAAGAUUUUUUUAAUUUGUAUUUUCAUGUGGUCUGACAAGGAAAAAAAGAGAUUGUAGAUCUUAAAUAUAACCCAGCAAAAAGUAGUAGUCCUUCCACAAUUGUUUCAAAAAGAGAUUUAUGAUAUUGUGACUUAUGGAGAACAAAUAAAUAAAGUUUACAGUGAGAUCAACAAUGCUGUAUUUAUAAGAAAGGAAUGUCAAAACAAGCACCGAACCUGUGCGAGGAAGCAGGCGGCACGGCGGAAUUCCCGCGGACGUUGAACGGGAAGGAGCUUCGUCAAAGCGAAAGUUGUACGGUUAAGAAUGUUUACAGUGUGUAUGUGUGUGAGGUGCCAGAGAAAACCUUAAAAACUUUAAUAAACUCCAGAGUUUCAUGA